UUUAUACCGAUUUCUAAAAGCCUUUUUUUGUUAAAAUACUGCAAAUAAAGCGUGAAGUUUGCAUGUUUAAGAAAGUAAACAUCAGUGGUUGCGUCAAACAUGUUUAUUUUUGUGCGUUGUAAAAGUUCAUUUCUUCUAAUAUUAAAUAUAAUAAGAAACUACUGCAAAUGCACUCGGAUAUCACAUUUUGAUAAAAAGUGUGGUAAUCUACAGAUAUCGAGAAUGCCGCGUGAGCUUUAAAUUUGCUAAAACAGGCAGUUUAAAUUGAUACAUUGGACUAGACGUGUCAUAAACGGGCCGAAAUAUUUAAAUAUUUGUGAACAGUGGAAGAGUGAUAUUAGGACAUUCAAAACGAGAAUAUCCUUGACGCUGAAUAUGUAAAUAUUUAAUGAAGACGAGGAGAAAUUCAAGAUGGCAAGAACUACAGUUGUUUCGAAGUUCCUAUUUAUAGUUUUGAUGUUUUUGACUCUGGCAGACACAACAACAGUAUUAACACCGAUGAACACACCGAUUUUACGUAAGGGACCGCUGCCUCUUGCUGACGCUGGACGUAUCGGCAAUGUCACCGAACAGAGUUUCGUAUUCACAUGGAACAAUAAUCAGAGUUUAAGUUAUACUCAUUACCAUAUCGUCAUAUCUCCUGUAUCAACAUCUCUUGGCGCCAUGUGUGAAACUCUAGAAAAUGGCAACUGUACAUUGCUACGCAAAAAAAACGUAACAUCUCUAGAAUUCAAAGGACUCGAUCCAGGAACAAACUAUUCAGUUAUCAUCUACACCUCAGUUGCCGGUUUAAUAAGUGAAGCAGGACCAGAGACUCAUACAUAUACAAAACCGCUGCCUCUUGCUGACGCUGGACGAAUUUGCAAUGUCACCGAGCAGAGUUUCGCAGUCACAUGGAGCAAUAAUCAGAAUUUAAGUUACACUCAUUACCAUAUCGUCAUAUCUCCUGUAUCAACAUCUCUUGGCGCCAUGUGUGAAACUCUAGAAAAUGGCAACUGUACAUUGCUACGCAAAAAUAACGUUACAUCUCUAGAAUUCAAUGGACUCGAUCCAGGAACAAAUUAUUCAGUUAUCAUCUACACUUCAGUUGCCGGUUUAAUAAGCGAAGCAGGACCAGAGACUCAUACAUAUACGAAACCACUGCCUCUUGCUGACGCUGGACGUAUCAGCAAUGUCACCGAACAGAGUUUCUUAGUCACAUGGAAGAAUAAUCAGAAUUUAAGUUACACUCAUUACCAUAUCGUCAUAUUUCCUGUAUCAGCAUCUCUUGACACCAUGUGUGAAACUCUAGACAAUGGGAACUGUAUAAUGCUACGAAAAAAUAACGUUAUAUCUCUAGAAUUCAAUGGACUCGAUCCAGGAACAAACUAUUCAGUUAUCAUCUACACCUCAGUUCCCGGUUUAAUAAGUGGAGCAGGACUAGAGACUCAUACAUAUACGAGUAGGUACACUUUCAAUGAAUAA